AAUUAUAAGCGCGCAGGCAGUCGUGGAGCCAAUCGGAACGGGCGGGCAUCCAGUGCUGCCGAGAUCUUAGAUCGUAGCCCCUCCACAUUAGCAGGAAAAGUCAAGAAGGAAAAGUUUAAUUCGCGCCCAACCGAAUGGACGCCGCGGCAAUGAAAGCUAGCUUUGAGGAUCCCUGAGGAAAAGAAAGGAGAGUCGAGAGAGGAAAACUCGGCGAAAGGAACUCGUACACGAGCUGUCAUGGCUGACUCAGAGUGAGGGAUAUAUUUUUCGCAUACCGACCGUGGCGAAAACAAUAAGCGCGCAGUCUAGUAUGCGAUGAGGCUGCGGUCAAGGGAAUAAUAAGCGCGGACUUUCACAGUGGACAACGGAAGAGGAUUACGAUUUCGAACCUCCGCUCUAGCUAUCCGUUACUCAUAAAUCUCGUUAUCGAUAAACGAGGAAGUGUGCGUUGAAGAAUCGAGUGUAAGGGGAGUUCUCCUUAUGUCUGUCAUCGUGGGCUCGAGGCUUCAUAAAGGAUAACGAAUUUUUCGUUAUUGUGAUUUCUGUAAACAACUGUAAAAUGAUGAUGGGCUUAACCUUCGGUGAGUUCUGCUCUCUCUUUUGUUGUCCACCGUGCCCGUCGAGAAUCGCGGCGAAGGUGGCGUUUUUGCCACCCGAGCCCACCUACACUUUCCUCGAGGCCGAGGGCUCAAAGUAUACGAUCUCGCUGUCCGAGAGGGCCGAGUGGGAAUAUACGGAGAGGGAGAAGGAGUCGGUCGAGGGAUUUUAUACCAGAACUUCCAGAGGGAAUCGCAUAGCCUGUCUGUUUGUCAGAUGCUCGGCCACUGCCAGGUUUACCAUACUCUUUUCUCAUGGGAACGCCGUUGAUUUGGGUCAAAUGAGCAGCUUUUAUUUGGGCCUCGGCUCGAGAAUCAAUUGCAAUAUAUUUAGUUACGAUUACUCAGGAUACGGUGUCUCUAGUGGCAAGCCAUCGGAGAAAAAUUUGUACGCCGACAUAGAUGCUGCUUGGCACGCCCUAAGAACUCGAUACGGGAUCAGUCCGGAGAAUAUUAUUUUGUAUGGCCAGAGUAUUGGCACCGUGCCGACGGUCGAUCUAGCAUCUAGAUACGAAGUGGGAGCCGUGGUUCUGCAUUCGGCUCUCAUGUCUGGCUUGAGAGUUGCAUUUCCCAAUACAAAGAGAACAUGGUUUUUCGACCCUUUCCCCAGCAUUGAUAAAGUGCCGAAAGUUACAUCACCUGUACUAAUGAUUCAUGGAACAGAUGACGAAGUCAUAAAUUUCAGUCAUGGUUUGGCUAUCUACGAAAGGUGCCCGUUAACUGUCGAACCCUUAUGGGUCGAGGGCGCCGGUCACAACGAUGUCGAGCUGUACAAUCAAUACUUGGAGCGACUUAAGCGGUUCGUGAGCGUGGAGCUGGUGAACUGACGGCGACUGAGCCUCUCCCAGGGCCAGGGAGGUGGAGGCGGUACACCGGCACAACAAUCCAAUAACGGUAACAAGCAACUUCAGCAGCAGCAACAACAGCAGCAGCAGCA